AUAUGUGCUGCCAGGCACUCAAAGACACUGAACUCUCAGCUUGAGGCAGAACUCAGCACAUUCGUUCAGGGGAAUCCAUGCCUCAUGCCGCUCUCCAGUCUGCUCUGGAUGUUCUUGGCUUUCACCUUCUCUGGAUCUGGUGUGGCGCAGACCGUUAUUCAAGACCAGCCAGACAUAUCCGGUCAACUGGGACAGUCAGUCACCCUGAACUGUCAGUAUAGAGUAACCUUGAGCUAUUUCUACAUGUUUUGGUACAAGCUGCUUCCCAAUGGAGAGAUGAUUUACCUUAUUGGUCAGGUUUCUACUGGCCAGAACACAAGGGAUGGCCGCUACUCUGUAAAUUUUCAGAAAGCUCGUAAAUCCAUCAGCCUCACCAUUUCAGACUUAGAGCUGGAAGAUUCUGCAGAGUAUUUCUGUGCUCUCUGGGAGCUCACAGUGCUUGAAGUAAUGGGAAAAGCUAAACAAAAACCCCAGGGUUUAAUAAAAGAGAGCUUCCCUGCUGCAGAACCCCAGCUGAAAUAUGCACCUGCAUAUCCCAGACCAGAAAUGGUUUUGUGUCAGUUAGGGUACAAUCAGAAAAGUAGAACCACAGUGAUACAGAAUAAGAGACUCAUUUUAAGGAAUAGAACUCUCAGGCAAUUGCUAGAGUUGGUGGAGGAAUUUAUACAGAGCUGUUAUCUUGCAUUUGGUGCUGAGCCUGAAUUUACUUUAAAUCAACUAGAGUGUCAUUUGGAAAGGAAAAUUGGAUAUGGACAAAAGCAUGGAAAAACUGACAUUUAA